AUGAGUGACCAGUCUAAGAUCGCAACUCUCGAUUCAACCAUGGCCGACAGACUGCCGGCCUACUCGAAGACUCUCUUCGAAGCUAAGGCCUCGAAGAAGCUCACCUUCGAGCAGAUCGCGCAAGAGCUGGGACGCGGAGAGGUGGCAGUGGCCGCGCUGUUCUACGGACAAGCACAGGCGUCGCCGGAGGAUAUCGCGAAGCUAUCUCAGAUCCUCAACGUAUCCAAGGAGAGCCUGGAGUCAACGAUGGGCGGCUUUCCAGACCGUGGCCGCGCCGGCCCCAUGCCCCCCGUCGAGCCGUUGAUCUACCGGUUGUACGAGGUCGUCCAGAACUAUGGGUAUGCCUUCAAGGCGAUCAUGAACGAGAAGUUCGGAGAUGGAAUCAUGAGCGCCAUUGCCUUCUCCUCCAAGGUUGACAAGGAGGUUGACCAGGAUGGCGUUACAUGGGUGAACAUCACGCUCCGCGGCAAGUGGUACGCUGCCCCAAUAUUUCCGGCCAACUUUGAAAAGUGCUAA